AUGACACACUUCUUGUACUUGACGCCAGAAAUCCUGCUUCCCUUUAGCCCUCUCACUUCUACAGAGUUCGAGCUGAUCAGACGCAAGGCCCAACAACUGUGGCAGGAUGAGACGCGGUGGUCUGCUUCUUCCAUGACAACCUACUCAGGGAGUUACCGGGAAAAGCAACUGGACGAGGCCACCUGCAACCGCCUGGCCCAGAGAGUAGGCCAGCCACAGUUUGAGUACAAAUCAACACCAUUGCCAGGCAGCUCUGCCUACAACACCCUACCCGGCCACGCUGGCUCCCAGGAGGCUGCAGAUGGCAAAGGAAGACUCCCUGGUAUAACAAGCCCCUCCAGGGACAGCCCACUGAACGUCAAGCACAAAGUGGCACAUCAGAUUUGGGGUUCUCAAGUCCCUUGUCCAGCAUUUCUAGCUUACAGAGGUCUCCGUAGGUCCCCCUGUAUACAGCCCAAAAAGCCAGGCUUUGAUCUCCUCGUGAGUUACAGGAACAGAGGGAAGGCCCUGCUAAAACGGCUUCAGCGACAAUGGGAUUAUGAAAACAAGUUGGGCUCCUCAGAGGACUCAGAGACGGAUCGAUUCUCCUCCAAUACCAGUGGAAGCUCAGGGCGCAAAUUCAAGUGA